UGCACCUAUCGGUUGUUCGGCGCUUUCAACGAUCUUUGUUUAAGACAUGUUUUGAUGUCGUGUGUUAGCUGUACCGUUUGUAUGACACUGUUCUUAGUGUUGAUCCAAUACCUGACGGGUCGUUAGAACAAUGAACGUAUUUCGGAUAAUGUAUUUGCCACAUUACCAUGUCCAGAGUUUAUGCGCAGUAUUUGCUUAGUUUCACGUUUGAUAACUGAAAUUUGCGAAAUACGAAAGCCUGGGAAAAUUUAGUCAAGAUUUAAUGAUAUCGCCGAGAGAUGUGUAUCCUGAAUAUUUAAAUAUAUUAAUAGACCUAUUAAUCGUUUGGUUCUGUCAAGCUGUGGUAUAUCACAGUGUACACUUUAGGAUACCCUUGAUGACAAGAAUGGCUUCAAGAGAAAUCCUGUACUUCUAUGAAAACAUACACGGAUCUACAAUAUGUUUGCUGUAGAAGGAGUGCACAGUUAUAAACCCCAGCUCUGUCAGACUAAGAAGAUUCACAGGGACACAGUAGAUUGAUCAAGCCAGCAUGAGCGACGACGUGGUGUGGGGUGGGAAGAGAAAUAAGCGCAUGAAUGUCGAGGAAUUAAGAACUGACUACAGUGGUGUUUACCUACAGAACGAAAAACUCGAGCAGGCCUUGAACAGGUUCUUAGAAAAACUUCAAAAAGAUCGAAAACAUCUGAGUGAACAACAUGAACAGGAAUUGUUCCAGGUAAAGAAGGAAGUGGAUAGCAUGAACGUAUUUCUUCACACCACCAACAGUUUGGAUUUGUUUAGCCACCCACUAACGGCUGCUAAUACUAUUCGCAUCCCUGUACCAAAACGUCCCGAACUCAACCGGGAUCCCACAACAUUUCCUGAAAAAUGGUUCACAUCUGUGUUUGUUCCAACCGAUAAAGAACUGAUUAAGAUUAAACGACAGAGGUCUACCCAUCCACCAUUACCGUUCAUCCGUAGAAGCAAGACAGACAUGGCAAAGAGGAAACAAAAAGAAAAAGAAGAGAAAGAGGAGGAGGAGGAGGAACGUUCAAGUUUCAUUAGUAAGAAGGCAUCAAUAGAAGACAAUGCCAAAUCAUUAGGUAUCAACAGAAGCAAAACCGAAAUAGGCCAUCAUGGUGUUGCAAUACCUAUGUUUGGACAAACGCCAAACGAACAGAGAACCAGAGACACUUCCAGACUUUCGUUGACGAGGAGUAAUCGAGGAGGUGCCUCUAUUUACGCGGGACAACCGAGAGAUUCCGUGGCAUCUGUGACUCGAGAGCAAGGUAACGUUCUUCCUGAAUUUAUGGCACAGAGGAAGCGUGAGGCGUCUGCAAGGUCAAGGUCGCAUAGUCAGGGAAGUUCUCGGUUCGCCCAAAGGGGUAGGGAACCAUCUGGUCGUUCCAUCGCAAGAAGCCUGGGCAAUCGAGAUGAUGGUGAACUGAGACUACCCCAUGUCACAGAUGGAGGACUAGACGAGUUACUCGACAUGGAGGCACCAACGGCAACGGUGGUAACACGUUCUGUCCGAGAGCUUAAGGCCAUGGCUCUUAGCAACCAGAACAAUAAAUUACCAAGCAGUGAGAUGCUGAGAAAUCAAAGAAUGCUGGACAGUACGAAACGCAAGGAUGACAGGAUAUUAACCAAAAUGAGAACUUUUAUAAAAACGUUCGAGGAAGAAAUGGGAGAGAAAGGAGACGACAAACGGUCUAAGUUGGUGGAUUUUGUGCUUUAACGAGAAAGUGUAAACUUACAUACAUUUCCACAUUCUGAUCGGAAGAAAUCUGAGGAUAUGAUUGCAAUGUAUUUGUGUAGGUAGAGGUAUACUUGGAAUUCGAUGAU